AUGAGCCCGCCCCCCCCUGCCCCAGCAGGACCAUCAGGAGGAAAUCGAGCAGCACAAAGCGUCGAGACCAUGAUGAGCGAGUCCUGGCUGGGGGGCAGCCGGGGCCUCGCCGCCCUGGGCACCUCUGUGCUGGACGAUGCCCUGGACAGCAGCAUGUACUGGGGUGGGGAGCUCUCCACCAGGAGGAGAAGAGGCACAGGGGACACCGAGUCCAGUAAGAUCAAUGGACUGCUGGAGAGCAAGACGUAUGACACCUAUGCCUCUUCAUCUGGGUACUCUUCAGAAGAUGACUACUCCGGUCACUUUUACUCCGGCCAGAGUAGCUCUGGGUCGGGGCUGAGGACCGCAGCCUCCCGGAUGGGCUCCUUCCUCUGGCAGGUGCUCACCUCCCCGGUUCGGUUCGUGGGGUGGCUGUUCUCGGGGCUGGCGACUGCCUGGCGCCGCCUCACCAGCGCCGCUCCCCGCCUGGGCGGUGUCCCCAUCUCCAGGCGCUACCCGUGGCUGAAGAGGUCCCUGCUGCUGCUGCUCCUCCUCCUCCUCCUCGCUGCUGCUGCCUUUGGAGCUUGGUACUUCUACCCGUACGGGCUGUCGACACUCAGCCUCCCUGCCUUCCCUUGGUGGGGAGCUGGAAAGCUUUCUUCCUCCGAUGUGCCUGGGGCAGGGGACCUGACCGCACUGGACCAGGGCGAGCUGGAUGUUCUCCGAGCCCAGGUACAGAGGGAUUUAGACGGGCGCCUGGGGAAGAUGGCACAAGCCUCUCAGGAGAUGGAGGCACGGUUGCUGGAGCUGAACUCGGAGUGGCAGAGGUCGACACAGGAGGGUCUGCGAGGGAGCUUCCAGCAGGAGGUGGGCAAGCUGGAGCAGGAGGUGGCAGCCCUGAGGAGGGAGCUGGCGGGCCUCAGGUCGGACCAGGAGGUGAUGGGGAAGCACGUGGAGGGGAUGCUGGAGCAGCUGAAGGCGGUGCGGGCCGACGUGGAAGCGCAGUUCCCAGCCUGGGUCAGUCGGUUUCUGUCGCAGUCCCGGCAGGAAGGUGCCACUGGCCUCAUCCUCCAGCGGGAGGACUUGCAAGCAGAGCUCCAGGCCCUGGAGCGCAAGAUCCUGGCCAAAGUCUUGGAGGACCGGAGGCUGUCAGCACGGGAUGCUCAGGCCGGUAUCGGAGUGGCGUUGCGGCAAGCGGGGACCGCAGGGGUGACGGAGGAGCAAGUGCAUCUCAUCGUGGGCCAGGCCCUGAAGCGCUACAGCGAGGACCGUGUGGGGAUGGUUGACUACGCCCUGGAGUCGGCGGGGGCCAGCGUCAUCAACACCCGCUGCUCGGAGACCUAUGAGACGCGGACGGCGCUGCUGAGCUUGUUUGGCAUCCCCCUGUGGUACCACUCGCAGUCCCCCCGUGUCAUCCUACAGCCAGAUGUCAAUCCUGGGAACUGCUGGGCGUUUCGUGGGUCCCAAGGCUUUGCUGUCAUCCGCCUCUCUGGUGUCAUCCGCCCCACAGCCGUGACGCUGGAGCACAUCCCAAAAGCCCUCUCGCCCCAGGGGACCAUCCCCAGCGCCCCCAAGGACUUUGCUGUCUAUGGCUUGAAGGAGGAAAAAGAGGAGGAGGGCCUUCUCCUCGGGCAGUUCACCUACAACCACGAUGGUGACCCCAUCCAAACGUUUUACUUGGAGGGUGACGCGGUGGGCACGUACCAGCUGGUGGAGCUCCGGGUGCUGAGCAACUGGGGACACCCCGAAUACACCUGCAUCUACCGCUUCCGCGUGCACGGGGAGCCGGCGCACUGACCCCCGGCUCCUGCGUGGGAUGAGGAUGCUGCCGGGCCGACAGCAGGAGGGGAUUCGUCUGGUUCACUGCUUCGCAUGCUAGAAAUCCUGGGAUGCGCCAGCAGCCGCCCUGGGAAGCUGCUCCCCUCCGGGGAGGAGAAGAGCUGGUGUUUAAGGGGUGAGGCUUUCACUCUUCCAAGGACCGGGGUGGCAAGGCAAGAGCAUCCCACGUGGGUCCUAGCGCAGCCUGGCUUGUUUUCAAUGCGUAUCGGACGUUUUAACUUUUUAAGCUAACUUUUUUAUUGGGUCUGCGCUGCUCCUCGUCCCCGUUGCCCUGCUCCUCUCUGACGGUGCGCCUAGCCUUGCUGGGGCUUGGGAAGGGGGCAUGUAACUUUGCAAUGUUCUUCACGUGGGCUUGGGCGCGACAUGGCGUACAGGACCGUGGCAACUGGCUCGGUGCCACCAGAGUAGGUGGGAGCCACCAGUCAUGGCCACUGAAUCUUUCCCCCCCACACGUGGGGUCAUUUCUUCUGCCUUGGCGUUGGUUUAGGUAAAGACCUCCAGACCUCCGAUGCUGGGCUGGCAGAGGGGAAAUAAGACAGUAUUAAUGAAGUAUUAACAUAAAACUAAUGGUUUGGGGCAGCAGGAGGGGAGAAAUUUGGCACGUGUUGGUGGCAGAGCCUGCACUGGUGCUGCUGUCUGUCCCCUCCAGCCCUCCUGCUGCCAGUGGCUGUGUUGGGUCUUGGCGAUGCCCUUGGCCACCCGGGCUGGCCGGGUCCCCAGUGUUAAGCUUGACGAUGCUAUUGAAAACUCCUGUUGCCUGCUUUCCCUUUUGGGUUUGUUCUGUGGGGUUUUUCUGUUUGUUUUUUAAGGGGGGCGGGGGGUGUGUGGUAUUUUCCAGUUGGGGUGUUGAGGAUUUUUUUUUGUAGUAACAAAGGAAAAAAAAGACUUUUUCCAUGCAAUUUCUACUUAACCGGAGAAUGCUAUGUGGUGCCGCUCAAGCGAGUGGCAGCGAGGGCUAGAGCUUUUUUUAAUAGGAGAAUAGCGCGUGCAGUAGGAUAAGCUAAAAUAAGAUGAGCAGAGCUGUUUAAAAUGGGUCAUUGGUGGCACGGUUAGCCGGACCUGGGAGACAAGGUCCUUUGUGGACUGCUGCUGCUGCUUCAUGGGGUGACGGAGGCACUGAUGCCCUCCUUGCUCUGGAGAUGCCCUCCGAGACUGCAAUGCCUGGCUGCAGCCUCUCACCCGUGGCUGCGUCUGUGUGUAGGCGAGCUGCUGCAGCCGUGCUCCGUGCUCUGCCUCGGUGGUCUCAUGGGUGGGAGAUGGGGCGAGCCCCAGGGCUUGCAGGUGCCAGGACGCUUCCGCACCUCGGGGAGCAGUGGGGCUUACCCCCACCUGCGGUGCUCAGGGCUGCCUCCAUCACCUCCUGGUCCCCGAUGGCAGAUGGCUGGCGUAGGCUGACCUCCUUUCCCUUGGAAGGGCUCCCUUUCCCUCCUGCCGUCUCCUCGCUGGCACUGCUCGCUUCCCUGAGCCCUGGCUGCAGCAUUCUGCCUGCAGCGGGUACAUAAAUCCUGCCUUGUACCUGUGGUGUGAUUGGGGGCGGGGGGGAGCGGUGGCAAGGGGCUGCAGGAAGGAUGCAUGGGGACCUUCCCCAGGCUGAUGAGUGCCAGGGCCAUCUGGCCAGUCCACCUCCUGGCUGCCUGCUUAGUUUGGCUUGCGUUCUUGGGCAGCAUUUACAGCCUCCACAUUUGUCUUGUGUUUCGUUGCAAGAAAAGCUGAAGGGCUCAUGUUUUAGCAUUUCAGCCCUGUCUGAUGCUGUCAUCAUCCUUCCCCUGGCAAGGUGAGCACGAGGGGAGCACCGUGAAUUGGUUCCCACUCUGGUUUAUCCCUCCUUGAAGCAUGGUAGAGGAGGGGAAGGGGCUGAUAGGGGGUGCUGACGGGAGACACCUUGAUGUGCAUCGGGCAGAGGUGCUGAGCUCUGACCCCCCUGUCCCAGCCUGGGGGAAGGGGGGUGAGGAUGGCAGCAUCACCUCCCUUCCAGAGGGGUCUCCUUGCUCUGGGCAAGGGAAGCCAGCUUGAAGGGCGCAGUCCCAUCUCCAACAGGUUAAAAUCACCCCGUGGAGCCCCCUGCAGAGCUGGGAGGCCCUGCUGCUGGGAGAAGGCAGGCCUGCAGCCAGAUCCAGUGAUGAUAAAUUCUCUCCUAUAUUGAGCGUAGGCCACAGCCAAAGUUAUUUUAAACUUGUCUGCAGCUGCCUGCUUGCCUUGGAGUCACGUCUGUGGGUGCCCUGCGCACAUAGACUUGUGCUUUUACAAAUGCCUAGACCUGCCCUGGGCUCGGUGGAGCAGCUCCUGUGUUUAAUUGAAUGAUAAAGAGAGAGCAGAGAUGAAGCUCUCCUUCACCCCCAGGGGUCCUCUGGCUGCUGGAGCAAAUGCCGUAAUCCCAAGGCUGGAAAACCCCUUUUCUUACAUCCCUUCUGGCUCCCUGGCCUCUGGGUUGGGCUGUCAGGGUGGGCAGGGUCUUUGCCCAAGAAAAAAAAAAAUAUUUUUACGGUCAAUCAGACAUGCUGGGAGCAGGGAAAGGGGGCCCUCUUUUUGGAGUGGGUGUAGGGUCUCUGCUCCUUCCAAAGGGGUGUUAACCGCUGGCUCUGGGGUAGGGAGCAUUUGGCUUUACAGGGCAAGCUUGCCCUGUCCUUUGGAGAUGGAAGUCUGUGCUGUUUUGAGGAAAAAGCCCGUGAAGAUGGCAGUGAGGUCACCCUGGGGGAUUUAUGCUCUUCUCUAGGGGCUAGUGCUGGUUUUGGAGGCCUUGCCAUGCCAUCUGUGUGUGAGGAUCUCCAGGAAGGUGUGCUGAGGCUAUGUGCAUUUUCUCAGCCCCCAAAUUCUGCAUGGGUGCUGGGCUGCAGCCUGAGAGCACGUGGACUGAGUGCCUGGCCCUGCCAGCAGUGGCUUGCAGGAUUCCUACAAAGCUUUCUUGAGCUGCACAGGAAAAGAGGAUACGUAGAACUGCUGCUUCAGCAUCUCUGCCCCAGGGGUUCUAGUCCUGGUGCUGAUGCAGAAGAUGUGCCUGGUGAGGCAGGAGAAAUGAGAAACAGCUGUCGGAGCCGCUUUCCCUUCUUUACUCCAUUUUCCUCCUCUCUUCUCCCUCCUCUGUUUGCCCUACACACAUGUUAUAAAUUAGCCCUUGCAGAAACAGAUGGUUACAGGCAGGAGAUGAGUUUGUAUUCGAUGCUGUAGCCUGCUGCAAAUGCUGCACUGUUUUGUUCAUUUUGUUUUUUAAUCAACAGAUUGUAAUUUAUGCCUAUGCAAGAGAAAAAAAAAAAACAA